AUGAUUGAAAAAACAGUUACCGAAAGAUGUCAAAAAGGUCGUUGGAGUGCUGCGGAAGAUCUUAAGUUGACUGAAUAUGUAAACCGAAAUGGUCCAAGAAAUUGGAAAGAUGCUGCAAGUUAUGUGAAAACUCGAAAUCCUAAGCAAUAUGGGAUGGGCAUCUUAGACUUGGUAGUAAUAAACAGAGAUCCAUUUGAUCGUAAAGAAGAAUUGGAGAUCAUUAGAUUACGUGAAGAAGAGCAAUGCAGAUGGAGAGAUAUUGCAAAAAAAAUUGGAAACCGUAGAACUCCCAAUUCUAUUAAGAAUAUUUACAUGCAAAAACUAUCUAAAAGUUCAUACAGGCCAUUUAAAAUACAAAAUAAUACAAGAAGUUUCAAUAAAAAUAAAAGCACAAAACUAAAAAUUUCAGAUAUUACCAUUAAUAAAGAAAGUCGUCCACAUAUGAAAAUGGAGAUAUGUUUCAUUACAAAUCUACAAUAA